GGGAGCCGCCGUACUAAAAUUAAGCAUGGCGGCUGUGGUACAAGAUCACGGAAGCAAACAUGUGGACGAAAAAGAGGAGAUUAUAGAGGACGGUGAUGAGGAGGAUGACGCCGAGGACGACGCCGGACCCCAGGACGCCGCCAAGAAGAAAAAGAAACGGAAGAAGAAGAAAAAGAAAGGUCCCCAAGAAGCCAACGGGAUAGAGCCAGGGUCAACUCAAGUUUCAGAGGUAGCAGCCGCGCUCGAGAACCAGCAUAUUGAUGGCACAGGGGACAAGACCGAGGAGAAAGGUGAUGGCGAGGAAGCAAAGAAGAAGAAAAAGAAGAAACCUAAAGGUCCAAAGCAGCAGACUGACCCGCCAUCAAUUCCAAUCUGUGAUCUGUUCCCCGAUGGCAACUUUCCGAUUGGAGAGGAAGUGGAACACCCCAUCCCAAAUGACAGCCGUACAGGAAGAAACCGCCUGACUGAUCCAGAGAAGAAAGCUAUGGAAAGCAUGUCGCAAGAGCAGUACAAGGAGAUUAGGCAGGCAGCUGAAGCACAUCGUCAGACACGGCAGUAUAUGCUGAAAGUUAUCAAGCCUGGAAUGACCAUGAUUGAAAUAUGUGAAUUGCUGGAGUCUACAGCUCGCACGCUCAUCAAGGAGAAUGGGCUGAGCGCAGGGCUUGCAUUCCCCACGGGUUGCUCUCUCAAUCACUGUGCUGCACACUACACACCGAACGCAGGCGACCCGACGGUGCUGGGCUACGACGAUGUGUGCAAGAUUGACUUUGGCACACACAUCAAUGGCCAAAUUAUUGACUGUGCCUUCACGCUGACAUUCAACAACAAGUAUGACAAACUGCUGGAAGCGGUACGAGAUGCCACUAAUACAGGAAUAAGGACGGCUGGAAUAGAUGUCAGGCUUUGUGACAUUGGCGAGGCAAUCCAAGAAGUCAUGGAAUCUUACGAAGUGGAACUCGAUGGCAAGACAUACCAGGUGAAGGCCAUUCGCAACCUUAAUGGUCACUCGAUUGGGCCUUACCGGAUCCACGCUGGGAAGACAGUGCCUAUUGUGAAGGGAGGAGAAGCAGUGAGAAUGGAGGAAGGUGAAGUGUAUGCCAUUGAAACCUUUGGCAGCACAGGCAAAGGCUAUGUGCAUGAUGACAUGGAGGUGUCUCAUUACAUGAAGAAUUUUGACGCUGGUCGUGUGCCACUGAGGCUGCCACGUUCCAAGCAGCUGCUGGGUGUCAUCAACCAGAAUUUUGGCACUCUGGCCUUCUGCCGCCGCUGGCUUGACAGACUGGGCCAGACAAAAUAUCUCAUGGCUCUCAAGGAUCUCUGCGACAAGAGCAUUGUGGACCCGUACCCGCCUUUGUGCGACACCAAGGGUUGUUACACGGCCCAGUUUGAGCACACCAUCCUCCUGCGCCCGACGUGCAAGGAGGUCAUCAGUCGUGGAACGGACUACUGAGAUAGCCCAAAAGUGCUGGUGUUGUUAUAGACCAUCCCGCCACACAGCAGUGGUCUAGAACGCAAGCUAGCAAUGCAGCUGAGGUACCACUCCUCUGAAUCACAGUAAUUUUUGGUGCCUUGCGUACUGUUUCAUUUCUGGGUGUGUGCUGUGCAGCCCACUGGUAAAGAAAAGAAGCAAAUGCAUGGCUCACACUUUGGGAGCUCACCAGGCGCAGGUGCCAGCUGAAGCAAUUCCAGUGAACUGUGCCAGUGCACAUGGGAGCCUGUGUCACGUAGAGGAAGUCUUCCUCAAAACUGGGCACCUCCAAACUUACCUAAGUGCAAAAUGUGUACCUGUGCUCAGAUGUUCUCUUUUAAAGUAGACUGCACUGUACACUGAGGGCUUAGGAACUGUAUCAGAGGAUUUAGGCGACAGAUUUAGUGGCCAUUAGAAACAUGCAAGAAUACAGCUGGCAAGGACAGAAUUGUUUUUCUGAUUGAUUGGAACUUAUUUGCAUUUUUGGACAUUUGCAUGAACUCAUGGCUUUGUAUACGUUUAGCCCAGUUAUUAUCUGGUGCGCGAGUUAGGUUGCAGGACUGUGGAUAUUGCAGAAAUGUAGUGGUGGAGUUAUGUGGGAAAGUUGUUUUGAACAAAAGAGAUCGGUUUCACUUUGCCUAGAGAAGAGUGGGUAGUUUUCGAAGGAAAUAAUAUAAUAAAGCUUGAGAAAGAAUUAAUUUGAAUUCCACAUUACUUUUUUUUUUCUCACCUCUUUUAAACCUGCACUUAUUGUCUCACAGCCACAGGUUAUAAAAUUAACAGGUGUCGUUAUAGUUGUAGGAUGAGUUUGUGGUGUUCCAGGUGUUCUCUCGAAAGUAGAGGAAAUAUACACAUGGCUGGUGCAGCGACAACAUGAUUGCACAUUAAUUCUUUUUCUCAUUCUUCAAUGGGCUAGAGUUGGAAGUGUCGCAUUACUGCAGGCAAUUGCUUUCUGGUUGUCUUGGUGCUACACAUGUGCUGCUGGAAUUAUGAAAAACGUUUUCUUUUUUUAUCGCUGGCUUUCAGUUACGCAAAGCAGUAACAAAGGAACAAAACUGCUUAUAACAAUGCCACCUUUGAGACUGGCCUACAAAAUUUGCCAGGAGCAUGCUAACUUGCCUUUUAGAUCACUGCCUGCUCUCUUGCUGUUGUGCUUCCUUUUUUUUUUUGGAAGCAAAGUUGAUGCCCUUUGUAGCCUCAUGCUUGUUGGUUGGUUGGUUUGUACGUUUGUUAAAUGGGUAUAUUCUGUUGACUCUGCUCUUUUUUUGUUUGCUUGUUUGUUUCAUCAGCCACUUCUGGCAUGCUCCCAGAGCAUGCAUUAAGUGCAGGCUAAUACUAACUGGAAUUGUACUAACUACAUCUGGGUAAAUAGACUUGAAUGACUGUGCAGCUAAUUUGCUGCAUAUGAAAAGCACUGUAUUACAACUGCAACCGUGAAACUACGCUUUGGGCUUCUUAUAGCUAAGAAAGGACGUAAGCUUGUAGAUACAUGUGUUCAUCCAAUCAGUAAUUGUCAAUUUUGUUUGCAACAAUAACCAGCAGAGCCGCCGCACAUGGCCUGGAAUGCUCCAUCUCCCCUAUGAUUGCUGUGUGCUAUUUCUUUGCUGCAUCACUGCAUGCUCUGUAGGAAGGACAAUGACUGACAGCAAGGUUGGGGACCGAAAUUUAAUUGUGCUAUAUACAGCAGUCGUGAUCCAGGAAAUGGGUCAAACGUGUCUGUUCGCUUGUCAACACUCAUUACGUCAGAGAUGCGUCACUCGGAGCUGAGGGAUUCCCUUGGCUGCAUAAGACGAUGCACCGUAACUGAUUAAUAGAAAAGGGCUCCACAAAGAUGUUAGUCAGUGUAACAAAAUCGAGCAACUAUGUUUUCGAGAUUGUUCUUAUACUGUCGAACUCGGAUUUAUCAAAUCUGAAAGGGAUCACAAGAAAGUUUGAUAUAUAUAGAUAAUUCGAUAUAUAAAAUAAAAAUUAUAAACUUUCAAGAGGAUUUUACAGCUGUUCUAUAUACACAAUAAUUGGUUAUAUGUGGGUUUGAUAUAUCCAGGUUCGACUGUACGUGCAGAUGGGAGUAGGAGGUAGUGAGUAGCACCUUGGGAAUUGAUGCAUACUCUUUGAACAGGCCAGACUGCACUGAAAUGUUUGAAAGAAAGUGGCAUUUACAAGCUAGGAAAUGGGCUUAACGUGUCUGUUUGUAGGAGAAGUGUCCCACAAAUUACUGGACGUGGUGAGGGCUUUUUAUGUACAGCCAGGUGACUAUGUUCACAUAGUCUGCAUACCUGUUGCUAGUUCCAAGCUGCUGUUUGCAGUAAUUGUGCUAUGGGAGUCAAGCACAUUUGAGUAUUAGGUAUUUUUUUCGUUUUUUUUUUCUAUGCUUGGAUAAAGCAGCAAGUGCUUCUCAGUUUUCACGAAAGCACGCAGUACUGUUGUGAAUAAAGGGAACCCAAACGGGAAAAUGAAAUUAGUAUGACAAGACUUGUUGGGGUGCCAGGGCGCAUAAUAAGUACACUUGAUCAUGAACUUAAUUUUUUAGAAAUUAAGAUUAGUAAAGAUUUGAUUGAUUGGAAGUGCAACACACCGCUCCUUGUAAGAAAAAAAAUGAUAUGGACUGGUAUUAUAUAAAAUCAAAUAAAAUCUUUCAAUGUUUCUUUUUGUGUUUGAAUGGCACUGUUUUGGUUUUCUUUGUCCUUGAAAGUGAAUUUUAAUUGAUGAAGCAGCUUAUUGGAAUGUUUUGUAAUUCAGUUUUAUAAGCACAUUCCUAACUUUUAGUGAGGAUUUUUAGUGCUCUCUUCCAAGCCUGGACUUUUAUAAUAAGGUUCUCUUGCAAGUCAAUUUAGCCCAGAGGGCAGCUGGGGUGAGAAAUUACAAAUGUGGUAAUCAUACGACAAGCAUGCAGCAUUUAACGGGUGCGUUACAGAAGCAAUUGUUCAUUUCUCUCUAUUGGUUUUGGUGGAUAACCAGCCAGAACUAUCGGUGCGUGUGCUUCAUGCCUUGAUUAUGCUUUUGCACUCACUAACUAAAUAGAGGGUCAAGACAUCGAGUAAUAUCCACUCGGCAUAUUUGGCUGCAUCCAAGCUUACGCAAAGUGAAAUGCACUGUUGUCGCUAAUGAGCAUUGCCAUGCAAAACAGACACCAUCAGUUACAAAAGUUCUCAGAUCCGAGUACUCGGAGCCAGGCUGAACUUGACGCCGUUUCAUAAUACUGUGCUCUUUGACGCAGAUCAAUUUGUUUUGGUAUAGAACCCUAGCUACCUCCAAAGUAAAGGAUCAGCCCAAUGUGACCAACCACACAGCGUUUCCAUGUGCCAUUAUGUCGUGCAUGGUCGUGAGCUCUUCAGCUUGAAAACUCGCAUUAGGGAGUGCUGAACACUCAACGCAAAGCUGUGAUGGUCUUAAAGGACUUAAGAAAUGUUUGUUCAGGCUAACAGCCAGUUGGCUAGAUGCACAGUUCUUCUGAAGCAUUGACUGCAAGUCCCUGCAGUGUAUCUGUGGGUCCAGUGCCUAUAGUUCUUUACAGAAUUUACAGAAUACGUAGGAGACAGCGUUAUGUUGUUUCCUUGACUUUGCAACUGUACCCGUUUUAUUUUGUUGAGCAUUUUACACGUGUGCUUUCAUUCAUGCUUUUCAUUUGACGUAAUUGUAAUAACUACUGUAAUAAGUUUGUUGAGGACUGCAUCAGCAGUUAAUUAAGAUGAGUGCAUAAUGUGUGCUUUGUUGAAAAUGGUGACUCCCUGUUAGUUCACUCACUUUUGCAAGACACAUACUUUAUAUUCAUAUGAUAAGGAUUUCUUGGUCACUGAGUUUAUGCAUAAUUAAAAUAUCACUGGAUAUUAUGAAGUAAGCAUUUUGCAGCUUUAGGUUCAUGCAAGAAGAUUGCCACUCUCUUUAAAUAGGAUGGCAUUGCUUCUUACCAUUUUUAUUUUACACCAACGUGCUUUCUUGGCAAACAGCGAGAAGUCGGAAACUUCAAGAGCCACUCCUUAAAUAGUGUGUUGAAAAACUUUUUUAUGCAUGUUCUGCUGUUCUGCAACUGACUUUUGUUUUGACCAUUUUACAGGCACAGUUUUUGUCAUAUGUUAUCAUCACAAUGCACUGGUUUUUACGUGAGUGAGAAUCAGCAAAAAAUACUAAUCGCUGGAUAUGUGAGCUAACCAUGCAUCUCAAUAUUGACAUUGCUAAUCCUCCAUAGCGCACACUUUCUUGAAAUUGGACAUAAUGAAGCUGAACUGAUAAUACAUUUAGUAAUUCUUGCAAAUAUAGAGGGGGCUGCUAGGAGAUCGAGGAAAGAACUUUGCAAAUUAGAUUUAUAAUGUAUGUUAAUAAAGCCGCUAGAAACUAGAGUUGGGAUUUGGAAAUGUUAAUGCUCUCUAAUUUUAUUCAAGAUAAAUAAUAGUCUUAAUAAAGAUCUUAAUAAACAUCUGCAUGAAAAUAAUUCUGUACUCAAUAUUUUUAAUACCUUGUAGUUAUGCAGAAAGUUUGCUUCCAUGAUCAGUGGAGGAUGUAGAAGUGUUGAACCCUGGAGGUGGUGUAUAACUGCUAUUGCAGCUUCUGUUUGCCCAUCACUUCCUCGUUUAAGCAGUGCAUAAACAUCUUCACCCUAAUUGUUACCGGAUGGUUUGUUUCCAUUUAUUUUGAGGCACUCUCCGUCUUCUGUGGGAACUGCCUCACUGCCUAUGUUUGGUUAUAUGGUUAGAUAUUGAGCGAUAGUAGCUGCUGUUUUCUAUCUUGUGCAUUGCCAUUUCUUGAAAACUUUAUAAAGGCCUUUGUUUGCUCAAUAAAAGUGUUCAUGAGGCACAUUUUGAACUGGAAA